AUGGUGUCUGUGGGUCCCGCAUAUCCUCUGGCUGCCCAUCAUUCUGAGGUACAUUUGACCUGGCAAGCCAACAAUGUGCGUGGGCAGUGGAAGCGGGCCUUUGUCUCGGCCUUGAAUGUCUUCUUCGCAGGAUGUGGAGGGAUCAUGGGCGGCACGGUGUUCCGUGGUCAAGAUUCGCCGACCUACCUGCCUGGGCUCAUCACUUGUAUGAUCUGCGAUGUUUUGAUCGUUGUAAUCACGGCAUCCAUUGCCGGUUAUUUCGCGUGGUGCAACAAGAAGCCCAACGAAGGCAAGAUGGUCAUCGAGGGCUUGGAAUGGUUUCGCUAUACCCUCUGA